AAGUACAGUGUCCAGUCACGCAGGUGAGGCGUAGUUUUCCACAACAGCAAGUUGUUCCUCAUCAUGUCGUCAAAACUAUUUCUUCUCGUCUUGUCCCUUUGCGUGGGGGCCAUCUCCAGCGCAGGGAUCCUCAACGCAGGGAUUUCCUCGGAUGUCAACGAUGUCAAGUUCUAUGUGUAUCCAUCAAGCACGGAUAGGAAAGAGGUCAUUUUGGACAACGUUCAAUCUCUGGACGCCAUCAAAUCUGGGGUCGGAGUCACUCUUUGCAUCGAUGGAUUCUUGUCCAACGCUGAGAGUCCAAUGUCACAACUUACAAAAAAUUCCGUCCUCUCAAAGUUGUCGACCCCUCAAAACAUCAUUGUCGUCGAUUGGGGACGACUCUCCGGAAAUGGAAACACUUUCGCAAAUCUGAUCGAAACGGGGGCUGCAUAUUCGAAAGUUCUUGCUAACGUGGGUCCCGUGGGUUCCCGGAUAGCGGACGUUAUCAACUUUAUCGUCACGACGAAAAACAUCCUGCCAAGUCAGAUCAACAUCAUUGGGCACAGCCUCGGUGCUCAUAUUGCUGGUGCUUGUGGAACCUUUUACCGGGACCGUUAUGGGGCCUUGUUAUCCCGAAUUUCCGGCCUCGACCCAGCCGGGCCAUUUUUCAACCUUCAGAUAGAUGUCAACAAGCGCCUUCAUUCUGGGGAUGCGGCUUUCGUGGACAUUUACAACACGAACCGAGGGACCUUGGGAGACUCGAGCCAUCAAACGGGCGAUAUCAAUGUGUACGUGAAUGGUGGUGACAAUCAGCCCGGAUGUGCAGAGGCAGACACGAGCGGGUUUGCAGGUUACUGCUCUCACUCGUACUCGUGGAAGUUCUUCGACAUGACGUUCCACCGAAAUGUUGAGGCCUGUCCUUGCGUCGGAUUGCCGUGUCAGUGCAAGUCCAGCUGCAACACGCAGUGCGAUUCUCCCAUCAUCGUGGGGGCUGGGACCUCGCCAAGUGCCCGUGGAGCGUAUCAUCUUAUCAUAACGGAUUCCUUGAGCCAAUACCCCGCCUCUGUCUUACAAGUAUAAGUUAUAAUGUUACCCAUCUAUGUAUGUACUUACUUAAUAUGUAAUCUGUAUCUGCAAUAAUAAAAAUUACGCACAUCAACACAUAA